UGAGAUGUCGGGCGAUUCAUCAUCGGAUUUUAGUGUUAUUGCUCGAAAAAAGAAAAAAAUCAGUAAAACGCGCCCCAAAAAUUUUCAAGCGAUGCUUAAUCUGGACCCUGUUGUGUCAUCAGCAAUUUCAGGCACAAAAAAAGAUGCAUUCAUGAUAACGAUUCCGGAAAACUGGCCCCUAGAAGUAACGCCUCCUACAAUGACCCAAGGAACUAAAAUAGUUGCGCCCACUAUGUCAAGCAAUACAAAUCCGAAAAACGCACAGAAAAAAUCUAACCUGAAAUUUAUGGCACCGCUUCCGAAACCAGCUGUUGUGUUUAAAAACUCAGAAGCAGGCAAUCGUGUGGCUUCGGAAAGUUCUGUUACACAAUAUCCACCAUCUGAGCCCAUUGCUCUAAAUGUAUCUAGCACGUCCAUGUCACAAUCGCUUAUCCCCGUGGCUACUGCAACAUUGCAGCCAAUUAAUUUACCGCCUUCACCACAUUUUGACCAACCGUAUAUUGAGUUUGACCCUAAUGAGCUGCCGGAAGCAAUUACACUAACGUCAAACUCAUCACCUGCUUCUGAACUUUCAAUGCUGCAAUGCUUGACCUAUAUGCAGCAAUUUAUUGAUUUGCAACACAAGUCUGAUGCCAUGAUAACUACCCGAAUUAUGUCUCUGGAGAAACGAAUCGCACACCUGUCAACCCAAAUCGAGUUCGUCAUGGAUGCCAUCCAAUGUGGCCAACAACCGUCAGCAGAAGUGUUCCAAUCAUACAAGUUCGACAUAAUUAACGAUGCUAGAAAACUAGCAGAUUUUGAAAAUAACCUCGAAGAUUCUACAUUCAAACACGAUUUUAUGCGGUGGCUUCGGAUUAAUGUCAACGGCGAUUGCGCAGAUAAUCGGAUGAUCUGUGCACUUGAUUUAAUCAUGAGUAAGCAAUUUCAAACAGAGUGCACAUGGACAGGCGCUAGUCGCAAAGGUCCAAAGAUAGCAUUGAUGGUACACCGACAAACACUUAAAGUUUUCGAAGAGAUAGGUACUUGUGAUACCGAAAUAGUAACACAACAGAAGUUGGCAAACUUUUUCAUGAAAAAGUUGAAAAAUGCUAACAAAAGAUUAAAAGCUUCUGGCCAACGUCAGUUCACGUCAUGUCAUUGCUAAUCAAAAGAAUA